AUGGCAACAUCUGGUAAUAAUUCGCGUAUAACAGAUAUUGAACCAUGGUACAUUCCUAUGGAUAUUUUGAGAAUUGUGGGUCCAGGCGGACCCCAGGACAACUACGAAGUACAAAAAUCAGGACAACCACGAAGGGUUAACAGUGACCUAAAGCGAAUUCAAUAUCAAGAUUCACUUUGUGUUUUUCGAGCGUACAUCAAUUAUAGUAUGACUGUUAUACAAAAUCAUUCUUAUAAUCUUCAAGCUAUCUAUCGAUAUGUUAUUGUAGUAUAUCCAACUCGCAUCUUUUGGCAAUCACACCGAUUUCAACUUUUUUUGAUUAUUAUAACAUGGAUCUUUGGUCUAAUAGCCUUUAUACCUUUUUUAUUUACUGAUUAUAUAAGGUACAAUGUUGAAAAUCAAAUAUGUCAAGCACCUAUUCGAUUUUCUUUUGCUAUAAUUUAUGUUGCACUUGUUAUUUAUAUUAUUCCAAAUAUGAUUCUUAACAUAAUUUAUCUUAAACUAGUUCGAUAUGUUCGUCAAAUGAAUAAACGAAUAACAUCUGCAAAUGUUUUAUCUCGUGCUGAACGAGAACUAAAAAUGGUUCGAAAUAUUGUUACAAUCUCAACUAUUCUUGUCAUUCUUGGUUUACCAUAUGCAAUAUUUAUUUUAAUGUCAUUUUUUACAACUAUACCACAAUAUCAUUUUCGUAUUGCUUUUAUAUUUAUUGACAUAUCAACAACAGCUUCUAUGAUUGCUCUAUUCAAAACUACAGACACAAUUAAAGCGGCUGCAGUACAGACAGUAACUGAAUUAGUAACUAUAAUCGCACAAAUGAAUACAUAA